CGCAACUGGACGUCUUCUCUGCACUUCAUCGACGGCCCAACCUGUGCGAAUCCCAUCCUCGGGCACUCGAAAUUGAUCUCGGAUGUUCCCAGUAUCACCAACAAGUGGCGGGACGAAUUUGAUGAAGGUGGAAGCCGAAAAAACUAUAUCUUGUUUACUAGCUAGUUGUAACGGUCAGAGUACACACAAUACGGCAUACAUACAGUAGGCGCGUGAUCAAUCUGAUUUGAUAUCAGCAACAGUGUCCAUGUCGCCUUCCUCAACACUCCCCCUCGACAGGACACGUCGGUCCUCGCAGCCCCAGCCAAUCGCACAUAUCGACCAUCUUCUCACGCGCUAACGCUUUUGUCAUGACGUCAGCGAUCAUCUCGUUGGUCGGGCAGUAGUCCAGCCGGAUCUCGCCAUCGGCGACCACGUCGCGAAGCCAGUAAAAACGCAAGUCAAGAUGUUUGACGCGUCCGUGGUGGUCAGGGUUUUUCGCAACGGAGAGAGCGGACUGGUUGUCCAUGCGCAUAGUUGACGCGCCGCUUCGUGAGUAACCAAGCUCUUCGAGGAGAUUACGAAGCCAUAGGAUCUCCUGCCCUGCGGAUGUUGCGGCAACGUACUCAGCUUCGGUCGUUGAUAACGUCACAAAGGGCUGGAGUCGGCUCGACCAGCUGACUGCCCCGCCGCCCACCAUGACCACGAAUCCUGACGUCGAUCGCUUGUUGUCAGGAUUGCCUCCGUGGUCGGCGUCGCUGUACGUCGUGAAGAGCUCCCCCUGGCUCGGCGACUUGCCACUGAAGAGCCACCCAGUGUGCCCAUCCUGGGUUUUUCGAGAAGCGGGCAAGAACACCGACUGCGUACGCGAUGUCGGGUCGAGUAGCUAUGGCGAGAUACGCGACGGCACCGAGAAUGUGGAGAUAUGGGACAUCCUUCAUGCGGACAAUGUCAGAUGCGGACGAGGGAGAUUGAGCGGAGCUGAGGGAGACUUUCGGGUCCAUGGGCGUUGCGAUGGGUUUACAAUCGGACAUGUCAGCGCGGUCAAGUACGUCAAGAAUAUACUGCCGCUGGGACAUUGUCAGCAUGUGUGACGCACGGUCUCGUUGAAUCUCAACACCCAGUAACCAUUUUGUCUCGCCCAGAUCACGAAGCUUGAAGUGCUUCUCAAGCUGCCCAAUGAAAGUGCGUGCUUCUUGCUGAGAUGUGGCUGCAAUGGUCAUGUCAUCAAUGAAGACGGGCACAAUGACUUUCGUCGGCGACAUGUCCGUCUGAUAAAUCCAGACACUGUGCUCGCAACGCACUCGUUUAUAGCCCAUCCCGGAG